CUGCUGCUGCUCUCGCUCCUGGCCGCCUUCCACGCGGCCAGGCUUCUGCUGCAAGAGCGGCGGCGGCGGCGGCGAUUGGAGCCGCCGGGCCCGUUCCCGUGGCCGCUGCUGGGCAACGCGGCUCAGCUGGGCAGCGCCCCUCACCUGGCCUUCGGGCGCCUGGCGGCCACCUACGGCCACGUCUUCCAGCUGCGCCUGGGCGGCUGGCCCGUGGUAGUGCUGAGCGGCGAGCGCGCCAUCCGAGAGGCGCUCAUCCGCCAGGGGGCCGCCUUCGCGGGCCGCCCGCCUUUCCCCUCCUUCCAGCUGGUGUCCGGGGGGCGCAGCUUGGCCUUCGGCUGCUACUCGGAGCUGUGGAAGCUGCAGCGGCGCCUGGCGCACUCGACGGUGCGCGCUUUCUCGGCGCGCCGCCUGCUGGAGCGGCCCCUGGUGGCUGAGGCGCGCGCCGUGGUGCGGCUUCUGGUGCGCGCGUGCGCCGGCGGCGCAUUCGUCGACCCGUCGAGGAGCCUGGUGGUGGCCGUCGCUAACGUCAUGAGCGCGCUGUGCUUCGGGCGCCGCUACAGCCACGCCGACGCCGAGUUCCGGCGCCUGGUGGGCCGCAACGAGCAGUUCGGGCGCACGGUGGGCGCGGGCAGCCUGGUGGACGUCUUGCCCUGGCUGCAGCGCUUCCCCAACCCGGUGCGCUCCGCCUUCCGCGCCUUCCGCUCCCUCAACCACGAGUUCUACAGCUUCGUGCGCCAAAAGUUCGUGCAGCACCAGAGCAGCCUCCGCCCGGGCGCCGCCCUCCGCGACCUCAUGGACGCCUUCCUCCGCCUCCAGCAGGCACAGCCUGCGCUGCCCUUGGAGCACGUGCCCGCCACCGUCACGGACAUCUUCGGCGCCAGCCAGGACACGCUCUCCACCGCCCUGCAGUGGCUCUUGAUCUUCCUCAUCAGGUAUCCAGAGGUACAGGCUAAGCUGCAAGAAGAGAUCGAUAAAGUUGUCGGCCGCGACCGCUUGCCUUCUGCUGAGGACCAGCCCCACUUGCCUUACGUCAUGGCCUUCCUUUACGAAUCCAUGCGUUUCAGCAGCUUUGUGCCAGUUACUAUUCCCCACUCCACCAUGGCUGACACCACCUUAAUGGGCUACCGAAUCCCCAAAGACACCGUGGUCUUUGUCAACCAGUGGUCAGUAAAUCACGACCCAGUGAAAUGGCCUUCCCCAGAGGAGUUUAACCCAUUGAGAUUCCUGGAUGAGAAUGGAUUCCUUAACAAAGAUCUCACCAGCAGUGUGAUGAUUUUUUCGUUGGGCAAACGUCGGUGCAUUGGGGAAGAGUUAUCUAAAGUGCAGCUCUUCCUCUUCAUUGCCAUAUUCGUACACCAGUGCAAUUUCAGUGCUAAUCCAAAGGAAGACACGAAAAUGGAUUUCACCUAUGGCUUGACUAUUAAACCCAAGCCAUUUGAACUCAACGUCACACUUCGAGAUAACAUGGAUUUGCUGGAUAGCACUGUACAGAGACUUCAGGCAGAAAAGGAUUCUGAAAAUGGCCUCCCAGAUAUGUGAACGUUGAAGUUUGAACACUGUCUGUACUCUUCUUAUAAGGAUCAUUUGCCUUUGCCUUUUUAUAUUUAAAUGAAACACAUUGAAAUAUAAUGUAUUCUGGAGAGGUAGUAGCAUGAAAAUGAAGUAAAACAAUGCAUUAUUUUUCAAAUAUGGAUUUGGUUUUAACCAUUGGUAUUUCGUUACCUCUGCAUUUCUUGCCAGGCAGAAGCAAAAAGGGCAUUCUCCAAAGUUGUUUUAAAAAUCUGAAGUUCCUUCCACAUAAGUGUUUAGUUUGGAAUUGCCAUGCUUUGUUUACUAAUUUUUUUUUCUGGAGCAUCCACAUGAUGGUGCCAUCCAAUCAUUGUUAUCCUGUGCUAUAUUUUCCUGCAGUUCUUCAGUCUUUUCUCAGACCCCAGGAAGUCUGACUUUGCAGAAGAAGACCUCUAUACCAGUGGAGAUUGUGCUGCUCUUCCAUCACUUUAGAAAGGGCAGGAUUUUGACACGACCAGUUUGAUGUAUGAUGCUGUUGAAUCAACACAGCACAAUUCACUACUGUUGAAUUGGCGCCAUUUUAUCAUCCCGGUUACACAGUCUUUUUAAUUAGCACAUUUUAAAUGCUUUACAAGGGUUUAUGUCUAUUAUUAUUGUUAUUGCUACUGUUUUUGUUACAUUGGUGAAAUACCACUUAAGUGAAAGUGUGCUAGCAGUAUAAUGCUAAAAUUUAAAAUAUGAUGGGGUGAAGUCCCUUUCUAUCCCCCAGCUAUCUGGGCAACAAUUUUUUUUAAUCCUUAAAAAAUAAUAAUUAAAUGGUGCUUUACCAUCUGAUACAGCAACUCCCUAUACUGCCAAAGGUACAAGUUGGGAUUGUAGCUAUGAGUGACAAUUGCAUUCAGUAUCUUGGUUAUAAAAUAUCUCUCCGUUGACAUGCCAGAUGUUUUUGUUUGAAGAGAUUUUAAAUAUAAGCACAAUUUCCUUCUCAAAUAUAAUUGACAUUUUCUAAAGUAAGCAGGCCCUCAUUGUGCCUUGCACCUGUUAUAACAAAUCUUGAUUGAGGCAGUGAUGUUAAAAGAUGUUGAAUAAAUUGUCUGCUUACCUCAGACUAUCGCACAUAGGGAUGUAAGGCAAUGUUUUAAAGUAAUGUUUGGAAAAUAAUUGUAUUUGACAACCUAGGUUUUAUUGGUUGAGUGCUCUGUUAGUGUCACUCAUUGAUACACAUUCAUAAAUAGGGAUGUUAUUAAUUUGCAUAAAUGCAUAUCCUAUAUAAUAAAGUCCCUGUGUCUCUGCGUCCAGAUUCCAUGUGUCCCUGGGUUACUGCGCAUGUGCCCCAGGGACACAGGGAUUGGAGGCAGAGACAACCGCCGCUCCGCCAACCGCCAACUGCCGCUCCGAAGCCCCGUCUCAUGCUGGAGGUGCGCUGCGAGGCGGCGGGAGAGAGAAGCGCUCCUCCCCCCCGCCGCCUUGCCAUGCACCGCCGGCAUGGGACAGCGCUUCCUCGGCGAAGGCAAGCAGGCGAGCUGUCUGCCUGCUUGCCGUAGCCGAGGAAGUCAAAGCAGCAGCAGGCAAUUCGGCUGGGGGACUGGCUUGGCAGCGGCAGGAAAAAGGGAAGGAAUUCCUCCCCUUCUUCCCGCCACUGCCAAGCCAGUCCCUGAGCCGAAGUA